AUGUCGUCGUGGGUAUUGGCGGAGGGCCUGACCAGCGAGGUGACCUGCCCAAUCUGCCUGAACCUGUACCAGGACCCGGUGAGGCUGGAGUGCGAGCACAACUUCUGCCGGGCGUGCAUCGCCGACGCCUGGGGCGAGCUGGAGUCGGGCUUCAGUUGCCCCCAGUGCCAGGAGACCUUCCCCCAGCUGCGGCUCAAGAGCAACCGGCUGCUGGCUAACAUUGUGGAGAGGGUCCGGCAACUCCGGCUCGAUGCCGCCCCGAAUCCCUCGGCCGAUUCGGGUCCUGCGCUCUGCCCCCUCCACGAAGAGAAGCUCAAGCUGUACUGCCAGGACGAUCAGCAGGCCAUCUGUGUGGUGUGCGGAGUCUCCAAGGAGCAUAAGGGGCAUCGAAUCGUGCCUAUUCUCGAGACUAUGCAGUACUGCCAAGAAAAGCUGACGGAAUCUUCAGGGGAACUGGAGAAGCGGGUGGAAGCCAUCAGUAGGAUCGAAGCCAGUCAGGAAAAGGCAGUCCUGGAACUCAAGCAGGACAAAAUGGAGGCUAUAAAGAAACGCAUCGCCUCGGAGUUCGAAGCGAUGCACACCUUCCUGCAGGAGGAGAAGGCUGCGGUCCUGGGCAGGCUUCGGGAGGAGGAGCACAAGCUCCUGCAGGAGAUGCAGGAGAACCUGAAGAAGCUGCAUGCAGAGAAAUCCAGCCUGGAAACCAUGCUCGCCAGCAUUCAACAAAGACUCCGCGAGGAAGACCCGGUUUGCUUACUCCAGGAUGUCAAAGACCUGUCAGAAAGGCUGAAGCAAGGCGUUGCAAGUUGUGAGGUCGUGCCUGCCCGAAGGCUGAACAUCGGGUCAUUUCAAGGUCCCUUGCAGUACGCGGUGUGGAAGAAGAUGAGAAACCGGAUCAGUCCAGUGCCAGCCCCGCUGACCCUUGACCCUCGCUCCGCCAACCCGUACCUGGUGCUCUCAGAGGAUUUGACUGCCGCCAAGUAUUCGUACGCCUCGCAGCAGCUUCCUGACAACUUGGAGCGUUUCGACUUCUGCGCCUGUGUGCUGGCCUCGGAGGGCUUUGAGUCUGGCAAGCACUACUGGGAGGUGGAUGUGGGCAGACAGCCGGACUGGGACGUAGGGGUAGCGGCGGAGUCCAUCGACCGGGAGGGCUGGGUAAUUCUCACCCCGGAGAACGGCUUCUGGACCUUCGGCCAUGUGGAGCGCUCCAGGAUCGGCGUCUACCUGGACCAUGAGGAGGGCCAGGUGUCGUUCUAUGAUGCUGAGGACAUGGCCCACCUCCAUACCUUUGUGGACACCUUUAGCGAGAAGCUCUUCCCGUUCUUUUACCCCAGUGCAGACACCAACACUGACCCUCUCAAAAUCUGCCACCAGGUUAUCUGAGAGCUGGGGGUUUUGAAGUGGUUGG